AUGGGAUGGUGGCACGGAAGUACGUCAGAGUCAAAAUUGGUUGCAACGUCCUCUUUUGUUGCCAGACUCGAUGGUCCGUUCCGUCGCUGUGUACGGAGUACGGAGUACCUAUAUAUGACAAAACCUUGCUGCUUAAAAUGCCAAUCGGAUGUGGCACAGUUCUAUUACCUACUGAACAUAGUCCGUACUCCGCAGGGCGUGAUCAAAUAUGAUAACAGCAGACCAUGUCACUUCUGUCACACAUGGAGCAACUAG